AGACAACACAGACACACGUUUGGAGAAUUGCAACACAAAAAAAACCCCCACACGAUGGCAUUUUAAGGGCACGGAGCGGGGGAGCGGUGAGAGCCACACGAUGGCCGGUAAGGACGAGCUUUACAGCAGAGUUACCCCGAGAAGGAAUCGCCAGAACCGACCGGGAACCAUCAAACACGGGUCCAGUCUGGAGGUGUUCCUCUCUAUGGGGUUCCCGAAAGCCAGAGCACUGAAAGCCUUGGCAGCCACGGGGGGAAAGAGUGUCCAGGCAGCAUGUGAUUGGCUGUUCUCACACGUUGACGACCCCUUCCUGGAUGACACCCUUCCCAGGGAGUAUGUCCUGUACUUGCGGCCCACCGGCCCGCUGGCUAACAAGCUGCUGGAGUUCUGGCACCAGUCUCGGCAACUCUGUGGCAAGAACAAGGCUCACAACAUCUUCCCUCACAUCACCCUCUGCCAGUUCUUCAUGUGUGAGGACAGUAAAGUGGACGGGCUGAGCGAGGCCCUACAGCACACUGUGAGUCGCUGGAGAGCCACCUUCCCCUUCCCGCUAGCGCUCGAGCUCUACACCUCCUCCAACUUCAUCGGCCUCUUCGUGGAGGAGGACAGCGCCGAGAUCAUCAAGAAAUUCGCCGCCGACUUCGCCUCAGAGGCCACCAGCAAAGCUGAUGUCCGAGUUGAGCCGCACAGGAAGCAGCUGCACGUGACGCUGGCGUAUCACUUCUUGUCCAACCAGCUGGCCGCCCUGGAGAAGCUGGCGAGGGGCAUCGACCUGAAGCUGGGCUGUGAUUGGGUUGCCGCCAUUUAUUCCCGGGACAUCCGAUUCGCAAACCACGAGACGCUGCGUGUGAUGUACCCCUACACGCCCCAGAAUGAUGAUGAGCUGGAGCUGGCUCAGGGGGAUUUUAUCUUCAUGUCCCCCGUGGAACAGAGCACCACGAGUGAGGGUUGGAUCUAUGGCACCUCCCUCGGCAAUGGCUGCUCAGGCUUACUCCCCGAGAACUAUAUAGCCCGGGCUGAUGAGUGCGAUACGUGGGUCUAUCACUGUUCCUGUUCCUUCCUCAGUGCGGGGGCAGGGGUGGGACCUAGUCUGUGUGACGGGGGGCUACGCAGGAGGGGCCAGGAGGAGCAGGGCCCCGGGGAAGCACUGUCACUACCCAUCGACCUCAUCUGCCAGCCCGUACAGAAGAACUCUCAGCUGAGUCGGCAGAAACGCUGCCUGUUUGUUUGUCGGCACGGGGAGCGCAUGGAUGUGGUAUUCGGAAAACACUGGAUCAGUCAGUGCUUCGAUGCCAAAGGUAACUACAUCCGCUCUAACCUGAACAUGCCGCUCACCUUACCCCAGAGGUGCGGGGGCUUCAGAGAUUAUGAGAAGGACGCGCCCAUCACUGUGUUCGGGUGCACACAGGCCAGGCUGGUGGGCGAGGCGCUGCUGGAGAGUAAAUCCACCGUUGACCAUGUGUACUGCUCGCCGUCCCUGCGAUGCGUACAGACGGCGUUCAACAUCCUGAAAGGGCUCCAGCAGGAGACCAAGGUGAGGAUCCGGGUGGAGCCGGGACUCUUCGAAUGGACCAAGUGGGUGUCUGGCAACUCCUUACCGGCCUGGAUGACACCGUGUGAACUCGCUGCCGCCAACCUGGGCACUGACACCACAUAUAGGCCUCACAUACAGAUGAACAAGCUGGGGGUGUCGGAGGCUUAUGAGACGUACAUCAGCCGAAGCUUCCAGGUGAUGAGGGACAUCCUGGGCGAGUGCAAGGCCAAAGGUAAUAAUAUCCUGAUUGUCGCUCACGCCUCGUCGCUGGAAGCCUGUACACGACAGCUCCAGGGUCUGUCACCCAGCAACGCCAAAGACUUUGUACAGGUGGUUCGUAAGAUCCCUUACCUCGGCUUCUGUGCCUGUGAGGAGGUGGAGGACGCUGGGAUCUGGCAACUGGUGGACCCCCCCAUCUUACCCCUAACUCACGGCCCCAACCACAGCUUCAGUUGGAGAGAGAUCCUGUACCAGGAGUGACCAGCAGACCAAGUUUGCCCCACACACGCCAAGCCGGUCAAGCCAUUUCAAGCAUGUGCUUCCAAACCUGCCCCUCCCCUCACAUGCCCCUCCUCUCUCCCCAUUCAACACCAUCUCCUUUUGUUGAGUCAGGUGUCAUCUAUCUCGUGACCCGGGUUCUCUAAGCGUUAGUUAUCAUGCUCCUGCCCUGUUCUUGUCCUGUGAUGUCCUUGUCCUUGUCCGUGUGUGACCUCGCUUUGACCAAACCAACCUUCCGUCUCGACCCCCCUCCCUUUCCCCCUCCACCUCCUUUCCCCCCUCCACCUCCUUU